AGGCAUUCGAAGUGUCAACUUGUGCAUCACACCUUCAUCACCGCUGCAACAAUGGACGAGGAAGGACCGCAGGUUCGCGUCAAGUUCGUGACUAAGGACGCAUCUAUCCGCGUGACGGAGACUCCGUUCGCGGUGCCUACGCGUCUCAAUCGCCGCGGACUCUCGCAAGUGGUUAACCACCUGUUGGCCACGGGCGACUCACCUCGGCCUUUUGACUUCCUUAUCGACGGUUUGUUUCUGCGCUCGUCGCUGGACAAGUAUCUGCAGACUCACGGCGUCUCAGAGGAGGCUCUGCUCACACUCGAGUACGUGGAGGCGCUUCCUGAACCGCAAAAGCAGAACGGCAGUGACCAUCCGGACUGGGUCAGUGCUGUAGCAUCUCUGGAUGACGAACUGGUCGUCACCGGUUGCUAUGACGGCGUACUGCGUGUGUACGACGCUCAGGGAGACUGCAAGGCCUCUGUGAAGGCUCACCAGGGCGCCAUUAAAGCAGUGAGUGUAGCAUCCAGCAAGAGUGGAGAGUUUAUCAUUGCCAGCAGUGGCAAAGAUCAGCUCGCACAGCUCUGGAGAUACACGAUUAAGUUGUCCAAAUUGUCGCCAAUGGCAGCUCUUACCGGCCACUUGAACAGUGUCGACGCCGUGCAGAUGCACGCGUUGGGUAAGCGUGUAGUUACUGGCAGUUGGGACAACACAGUGCGUGUGUGGCAGACCCCGGAGGAGUCAGGUGAACAGCGCUCGGCCAAGAAACACAAGAAGACGGAGGACGACGCCGGUGCCGUGAGUUUCCAACAACUCGAAGCCGAAAUCGUGCUGGUGGGCCACACGAGCUACGUGACGGGCGUAGCGUUCCGUCCCAAGACCUCGGAGCACGACGAAGACGUGGUUGUAUCUGCCGGCAGCGACCGCAACGUACGUCUAUGGGACCUUGUGACCCAGUCCUGCUCGCAGGCACUUGUCGGUAACCGUGCCGUGUCCGAUCUCAGUGUCAACGCGAACGGACUUAUCCUCACGGCCCACCCGGACCACUGCGUUCGUCUAUGGGACCCUCGUGCUCAACAGAGUGGCGAGAGUAUCGUUCAGCGCACAUUCCGCUCACACAAGGAGUGGGUGAGCUCCGUGGAUUGGCAUCCGGACAGCAACAACGAGCACCUGUUCGUGUCUGGCAGCUACGACGGCACAGCCAAGGUCUGGGACGCACGCAGUACAAUCCCGCUGCACACUGUGAGUGCACACGAAGGCAAACUCCUUGAUCUAAGCUGGAGAAACCAGAACGAGGGCGUGGCUUUCGUCACUGGUGGUGACGACAAGAAACUCAACUUCUUCAGUGUGUAAAGAGCAGAUAGAGAAAAAAAACACUGACAUGUUCUUGUUUCCUACGCUGUC